AUGGGUAAUAAAAGUAGCAAUCCUGAUGAUGAUGAGGAUGGAUAUGCAUAUCCUCCAAACAGGGGAGCAAGUGGUAGUAGUCAACCACAAUACCAUCACACUCAAAGCCUUCGAGACCCACUCCCAUCUCCUCCAGUACCAAUGACAGACAAGAACACUAGAGAAAAACAUAAAACAAUCGAAGGCGUGAUUAGAAACUUAGCAGAGGUACUUGGUGUUAGACCAAGUCCUACUCUGCCUACGGUUUCAAGAGUUUGUGAUCAAGUCAACUUGUUAUCUUCCAAGAGUUAG